AUGCCUCUGGAAAGAAAAACUAAAGAAGAAAGACUAGCUCAACAAAGACUUUGCAAACGUAGUCGGUAUGCAGAAAUUAAAAAUGACCCGUAUUUACUAGCUCUUGCGAAAGAAAAGAGAAGAAUAAAGUAUUUAAAAGAUAAGGAAGCAAAAAAAAUAACAAGUAUUUCGGAAAAAGCGCCGCGCAGUCAAAAAGAGCAAAGAAAGAAGUGGAAAGAAAAUUCUAAAAGGUACCGACAAAACAAAAAACAAGCAAAGCCGCCAAAUUUUGAAUCCAUUGCUGUUUGCAGUAUUCAAGGUGAAAACACUUCAACGCAUGAUCUUGGAGGAUAUCCGUUGCAACAGAAUAAGCCUGAUGCUGCAGCUGCUAUAAGAACAGUUCGCCACGUAAAAUUAAGAAAAAGGAAAACAUUGCUCAAUAUCAUCGCGGCUCAUAAUAUACAAUAA